AUGGCAACAGUAAAUGAAUCAAAUAUAUGUUCAAUCUGUAAUAAAUUUUCAGCUAAAUAUUUUUGUAUUGGAUUAGAAUUAGCAGCAGAAAACGCUCAACAUCAACUUAUUGAAUUAAUUAAUAAACAAAAAAUACAAACAACAAAAGAACUUGAUUCAAUUACAAAGGAAAUUCGUUAUCGUCGAGAAGAAGAAAUUUUUGUCAAAAAUGAUAUUGAUCAACUUAAACUAAAAAUUAAUCAAUUACAAAAAAUAAUUUGA